AUGAACUUACACGAAAUCGAUGAAAAAAUUAUUACUCAUGGUAAUUUCAUGAGACAAGCCUUUUAUUCAAGCAACAUAAAAAUUAAAACUCGUGAUAUUAUACAAGCUAUUGAAGAAGAUGAUGAAGAAGAAAAAGAAAAGAAGAAGAAGAAAAAAAAUGAUAAUAAAGAUUUAUUAAGACUAAGUGAAAAUAUAAUUUCUAAAAUAAAAAGUGAUGGAAGUGAAAUAAUAAAAAAAGAAGGUUCCAUAUUAGAUGUAAAUUCACGUAAUGUUUGUUAUGCUUUAAAAAAUGGGAAAUUUCGUUUAAUAAAUCAGAAUGGUAUAAAUACCACAAGAGUAAAAUUAUUAUAUGAUAAUGAAGUUUUAUAUGUUUGUUUUAAUAAAGAAAAUGGGAAUUAUUUAUUAUUAUUAGAUAAUAAAGGACAUUUAUAUAUUUAUAAAAUUAAUGAAUAUAAAUUAGAUUUAAUUUUAUGCUUAAAUUUCCCUCCUUAUGAAAAAAAAAAUUCAAAUUAUAAUAUUUUAAAAGAUUUAAAAAAUGUUUUAAAAAGUGGAAUUCCAAAAAAAGCUAGCUGGCUACCUAAAAGUGAUAAAUAUUUCCUGACUGGUCAUAAUAAUUGUAUAUAUAUAUGGAACUUAUCAUUAUUAACAAAUACAAUAAUUAUGAAUAAAUUAAAAGAUCAGAUUGAUGUAACUGAUAAGUUAAUAUCAUUAUGUGCUAUUACUUUAUCGUUUGAACAAGUAAUAUAUAAAUAUAAUUAUAUAUUUAAUGAAGAUAAUAUGGAAGAAAACAAUGAAGUGGAUGAAAAAAAUGAUGUGCAUGAAAAAAAUGAUGUGGAUGAAAAAAUAAAUAUAGAUGAAGAAAAUUGUUUUAAAAAAAGAAUAUUUUUGAAUACAUAUAGUUUAAGUUUAAAUGGGAAAUAUUUAUGUGCUUUAAUUAAUAAUUAUUAUAUGUUAAUAUGGUGUGUUCAUAAAAAUAAUCAUUUUAUAAAAUUUACCAUGGUUGGUUUAAAUAAUUUAAGUGUAGAAUUACAAAAGAUACAUAAAGAAAUGUAUGUAGAAAGUGAAAUAAUAGAUGGAGACAAGAAAGAAAGUAAUAAUAUAAAUGUUAAUAUAAAUGUUAAUGAUAAUAAUAAAAAUGAUCAAUAUAAUGAUGAGAAUUUAAAAAAUGAUAACAUAUAUAUAAAUUCGGUACAUAUAAUAAACAAUUUUUUUUCACCUAAUGAAAAUAAUAAUAAUAAUCAGUCAUCUUAUUAUUUAUUAAUAUUCCAUAAUAACUGUUGUAUAUCAGUUUUUAAUUUUAAAUAUCAUGUAGAUGAAUUUAUUGAUAACUUAUCAGAACGCAUAGAUAUAUUGAAUAUAAAUAGUAUACAGAAUAUAUAUGUAGAUAAAAUUGGCCAUAUUGAAAAUAUUGAAUUAUUCGUGGAUCCAUCAGAAUUUUUUGUUUUUUUUAAUAUUUCAUAUAAACUUAUUACUAAUGAGAGAAAAAAAAAAACAGAAGUUAAUAAAAGUCUUCUGUUUGUUUUAGAAAUAUUUAAUAAAAAAAGGUUAGAUUUUAAAAUACAUCCUAAGUUUUUUCAUAUACCAAAUAAAUCAAUACUCCCAUUGUGUUCUAUAAGAUUAUUACAAAUAAAUGACGCUAUGAAAUUUACAAAGGUAUUGAAUGUAUCUGUAUCAUCAUCUUCUUUAAAUAUAAUUAACCUCUUUAUGUUUUCUAUCAUAUUUAAUUCUUCAAAAAAUAAUGUGAGUGUUCAAUCUUUUUCUGCUCCUAUACCUUUGUUAAUGGGAGAUGUGUGUGGAACUGAGAAGGAUAGUGCUGUGAUGACACAUGACAAUGUUGUCAUUGCGAAUGAUAAUAAUAAUGAUGAUGAUAAUAAUGAUGAUAAUAAUAAUGAUGAUAAUAAUAAUGAUGAGGAUGAUGAUAAUAAUAAUAUGAGUGAUUGUCAGAAAGACCAGUGUAUUAAUAUUGCCCAUGGAGAUGAAAAUUUUAAUUUUGAUGAAUGCACUAGUAUAAACAAAGAAGUUGAUGAUAUAAAUAAUAAUAUAAAUUUUGUAAAGAAAAAUUCAGUGACUGAACAUUAUGAAAAUUUUGUAAAUAUUUUGAAGUUUAAAGAGAGUGAAAAUAUGGAGAAAAUACACAAUAUGAAUGAUAAUAUGAAUGAUAAUAUGAAUGAUAAUGUGAAUGAUAAUGUGAAUGAUAAUGUGAAUGAUAAUAUGAAUGAUAAUAUUAAUGAUAAUAUGAAUGAUAACAUGAAUGAUAAUAAGUAUAAUCUUCAUGUUAAUAUGAACAGUUUCAAUGUUGAGAGCUGCAAAUCUGUUGAGCAUAUAAAUAAUUAUAAUAGGACAUCAGAAGAUAUGAAUGAAAAUGGAAGUUUUGAAUAUUUAAAGAAAUAUAUAAAUAAUGAAGAAAAUAAUUUACUCAUGAGAAAUAAAUUAAAAGAAUUGUUACAUAAAAGGAAUGAGUAUUAUAUAGGGAAUAUAAAAAAUGAUGAUCAUGUAUCUGUUUCAACAUUAGGAAUAUCUAACGAAUUGGAUAUAUUAAAUAAACAAAAUAGUAAUCAAAUUAAUAAUAAAUAUGAUUUGAAUGAAUGUAAUAAAUCCUUAGACCAUACAUUUUCUGUUGAAAAUAAAAAAAAUGGAAAUUGUGAUGAUACAUAUGGUAAUAUAAAUAAUGAUAAUUUGUUGAGUUAUUCUAUCAGUGAAAUCAAAACUAGUGGUCUAUCAUUUGACGAGGUUUUAUUAAGUGAUGAUGUAAAGAAUAAAGAAGAAAAAGAAAAUAUUUAUAUGAAUGAUAAUAUAAAUAAUAAUGUGAAUAAUAAUAGCAUUAGUGGGGUCAAUUCAGAUUUUUGGCAGAAAUUCAAUCAACAAUAUCCAAUAUGUGUAAAAAAGAGAAGCAGUAAAAUGAAACCAUUUAAUGAUACUAAAGAUAUUGUUGACUUAAUAUUUUCUAGCAAUACACAUUGUAAGGUUAAAGAGGAAGAGGAAGAAAUAAGAGAUGAUAUAAAAAAUGAUGAUAUAAAAAAUGAUGAGGUAAAAAUUGAUGGGGUAAAAAAAAAUGAUGGGUUAAAAAUUGAUGAGGUAAAAAAAAAUGAUGGGGUAAUAAAUGAUGAGGUAAAAAAAAAUGAUGGGGUAAAAAAUGAUGGGGUAAAAAAUGAUGGGGUAAAAAAUGAUGGGGUAAAAAAUGAUGAGGUAAUAUAUAUUGAAGCAAAAGACGAGGAAGAUAUACAAAAAAACCUUGAUCAUAAUAAAAAAAUAGAUAUCAUUAUGUCUAAUCAUAAAGAUAGUUUAAAGAAAUUUAUGGAGAGUGAAGAAGAAGAUGCUGAAGAGGAGAACAAAUAUAAUGUUGAAAAUAUGUGUGACAAGAAAAUUUCUAUUUUAAGCUUAUCAGAAAAUAAUAAAUUGUUGGAAGGGAAAAAAAAAGAAAGUCAUAUUACAAACAUAGUAUUAAAUAAUAACUAUGAUAAAAAUAAUUUGGAUGAUUUAAAAUAUAGGAAUUAUAAUGUUCCAAAUAUUCUUCAAAAUGAUCAAAUGUUCAGAAAGGGGGUAGAGGGUAAUAAAAUUUUCCAUCUCGUAAGUGAACUAGAAGGAGAAGAGCAUCUACAAAAUAAAGAUGAUGUUGUAAUAAAAAAAAAUAUAAUUAUGGAUGACACACAUAUUAUGAAUAUAAAAAGUGAUGAAACCAAUGUAAAAAAGGAAAAAAAUUUAAAUUCGUUUUUACACAAAUUAGGGUUCUUUAAAAAUUCUUAUCCUGUAACAGUAGAUUCCAUAUCAAACAACAAUGAUAUUAUUAAGAAUGAGAUACAUGCAGAUGCAUGUUCAAUUAAAAAAUGUUCUAAUGUGAUAUAUGAGGAUACUACUACAUCUGAUUUGUUAUUAUUAAACAGGAUGAAUGACAAGCAUGUGUGUGAUGAGGAGAUGAAGAAUGAAGAUGUGUGUGAUGAGGAGAUGAAGAAUGAAGAUGUGUAUGAUGAGGAGAUGAAGAAUGAAAAUUUGUGUGAUGAGGAGUUGAAGAAUGAAGAUUUGUGUGAUAAAGAAAUGAAGAAUGAAAAUGUGUGUGAUGAGGAGUUGAAAAAUGAAGAUGUGUUUGGAUUUAUGCGUAAUAAUAAUAUGGAUGGACAUAAUAAAAAUAUUCAUAGCGAAGAUGAAAUAAAAAGUAAGGAAAAUAUAUUCAAUCAUGGUGAUGAAAAGAGAGAGGAUGAUAAUAUAGAACUACAUAUUAGAGGUGAGUCAAUAAAUAAAAAGGACAUCUUUAAAAAUGUAUACAAAAAUAUAAAUAGGAGAGUAUCAGAAAUAAUAUAUGAAGAGUUAAGAAAUAUUAAUGUUGUAGAUAAUGAAGGAUUAUUAAUAGAUAUUGAGAAAUAUAAUAAAGAAGGAGAAAAUGAGGAUAUGAAUAAAAGUAUAUAUAAUGAAGAUGAUAAAAGAUUUAGUGAAUAUAGCUGUUAUCGAAAUAGUUUUGAAAUGGAGAAAGAAUUAAAUAAAUAUCAUAACAAAAUAAAUGAAUUGAAUGAUGAAAUUAUAAAUAUGAAGAAUAUGCAUAAAAAUAUAAAUAUAAAUAUGAUAAGUAUGAAUAAUAAUUUGAAUAAAAUUUUUGAAAUGAUAAAGAGUAAUACAUAUGUAAAAAAGGAAAAAGAAAAUAUUAUGAGUGUGUGUGUUGAUAGUACAAAUAAUAUGGAUAAAAUAAAAGAUUUAAAUAAUACUUAUGAAAAUAAGUUGGAUAAAUUAGGAAAUGAAAUAAUGAAUAUAAAAAAAUAUAUGAAUAAUAGUAUAAAUAAACUUAAUGACAAUAUGCUUAUUAUGUGUGAUGAAUUAAAAAUAUAUGGAAAUAAAAGUAUAAAGAGUGGUAAUGAGAAUUUAAAAAAAAUCCUUUUUCAAGAUAUAUGUAAUAAAUUAGAAGAAUAUAAAAAGCAAAAGGAUUUACAAAAUAAUAAUAAUAUAUUAAAUAAUAAUAAUAUAUUACAUAAUAAUAAUAUUUUAAAUCAUAAUAAAGAAGUUAUCGAUAUUUUUAAUAAAAAUCAUCAUAAUUCUCUUAAAAAAAUAAUGCCUUCUCUAAUUUCAUCAGAAAUACAAAUACAAUUUUCUAAGAGUGUUGUUCCUGGUAUGAGAGAAGCUUAUAAUACAGGUUUUCAAUCAAUAAAAGAAUCAUUUAAUUCAUUAAUAUCAGAUAAUAAAAAUUGGCUAGCUAAAGAAUUAUAUACAUUAGAAAAAAAUAUAUAUGAAAAAUGUGAACAAUAUAAUAAUGAUAUGUUAUUAGAUUUAAAUAAUAAAAUUGAAGCAUUACAAAAUGAUUUUAAAUUGGUGGUUUAUAAUAUAAAUGAAAAAAUGAAUACUAUAUCUGAGGAAAUGAAUAAGGCUCCUAAAGAAUUACAGGAUUAUAAUUCUUAUCAUAAUAAAAGUAUAAUGGAUGAAAAGGAAAAUAUCGACAAUGCGAAUAAUAUGAAUAAUGCGAAUAAUAUGAAUAAUGCGAAUAAUAUGAAUAAUGCGAAUAAUAUGAAUAAUAUGAAUAAUUUGAAUAAUAUGAAUAAUCAGAUGAUGAUUGUAGAAUAUAAUCAACAUGACCAAUUUCAAGAAAAUGUGCAUGCAUCCAAUAUAAGUAAUAAUUAUCACGUCAAUAAAAAUAAUGUUGUUAAAUCAAAUGUAUCCCCUACAAAUAUGAAAAGGGUUAAAGAGUUAUAUCCUCCACACGCUAGUACAUAUAUAAAUUCUAAAUCAAAUCAUAUGAUGAAUAUGAAUCAUGUUGUUACGAAUUCUAAUGGUAAGGGUGUUCUAUCUAAGGGUGUAAAGGCUUUAAGUGUAAUUCAUAAAGGUGUUAAUUCAAAUAAGGGUGUUAAUGUGGUUAAUAUGAAUAAUGAAAUUAUAAAUAAUAAUAUGAAUAAUAUUAUGAAUAAUAAUAUAAAUGCAAAUAUAAAUAAUCAUAGUAAAAAUAUAAAUACACAUAUAAGUAAUCAUAGUAAUAAUAUAAAUGCCCAUAUAAAUAAUCAUAAUAAUAAUAAUAAUACAAAUGAACAUAUAAAUGAUGCAUCUGCAGAUAUUAUAAUAAAAGGAAAAAUUAAUCAUUUAUUAAGUGAACAAGAAUAUGAUCAAGCCUUUACAUUAGCAUUAUCUGUGGAUAUAGAAAAAAAUACAAACGCAUAUUGGAUAUUACAAUUAUGUUAUAGAUAUCAUAAUAAUUUAUUAUCAGAAGAUAGUUUGCCUAUAAGUCAACCAGUAUUAUUAGGUAUAUGUAAAAUAUUAUGUGAAUCUUUAUUAAGAUCUAGCGAUUUAACUAUUGAUACUGCAGAUUUUAGAAUUAAAUGGAUAAGAGAAUGUUUAGAACAAUUAGAUAUACAUCAUUCUGAUUUUCUUAAAACAAAUCCAUGUAUGUUUAUACAGAAUAUGUUUAAUAAUAUUUCUAACUUUUUAUAUGAUAUUGAAAAUUGUUUAAGAAAAAUAAAUGAAAAUCAUGAUAAUAUUAUGUCAAAAAAUAAAUUAAUGUUACAUACAGAUGUAUUGAAUAAUGAAACGAAUAUGUUAAAUUAUAAUGAAUUGGAUAUUCAAAAUAAAAAAUAUUCAAAAUAUAUUAAUAUAACAAAUAAUCAUACAUAUAAUAAAAACAUGUUGCUUAUCUUACAAGACAAGUUGCUACAAAUAAGGAAACUACUAAAGAGGUAA